UUUCUUUGCCGUCAGAGACAUUAAAUCGGGGGAGGAGUUACGCUAUGAUUAUGGUGUGCCUGGUCUCCCAUGGCGACGAAAGAACUGGGAAAAAAAUGUCUGGUGACGCCAUUCAUCAAGGUGGAGGACACCUCAAACAAUUACAGGCCACUGUAUCAGAAAUUUGAUUCAUGGCCAGAUUUGAAUCAGAGGGACAGUCAGCCAUGUCGACCAGAAGAAAACGCGAACUUCACUGGGGACAAAGAAAAGCAUGUGCAGCGUCAAAACCACCAAGUCCGGUCAAUUCAAAUAAACGAGGACUUGACACUGAAUAGGUUUCUCGAAAAUUGCCGUUUGGAUUCUGCUGAAAACCUGGCAAAGGUUAGGCAGAAUUUUCAAGAUACAACUGCUGCUGAUCUUUUUAAGUUGGCAGAGGAUGAUCCAUUAGACAAACCCGGAGUACCUGAUGCGCCAACUGUCUCACAAUUCAUUAGGGACUCGGCCAUAGUGUCAUGGAAACCACCAGGAGAUGAUGGAGGCUCUCUAAUCGUUGGCUACAACGUUAAAUGUCUUCAACGCUGCCCGACCUCCAGCACCUGCUCGGCCAAAGUAAAUGAAACAAUCAUCAAAAAUCUGACUUUCAUAGAUGAAGACUUAGUUGAAGGCAUGGAGUACAUGUACUGCAUUGCAGCUGUGAACAAGGUGGGGGUCGGACCGUUCGGCCCACCUAGCAUUGCAAUCAAGGUUCCAUUUGUCGAUGAUGUGCCUGCAAUAGACACGGUGCUUGAUGAUGCUGCAGUAGUCAGUCCUAAGGAAAUUUUUCCUGGUUGCCUUGUUCAUCCAAGAAAAUCUCCUGAGAUAAUAUGUUCUGCACAACCUGCCACCAACCCUUUGGCUAACAAAAAUGCACAAGUGUCUCAGUCGAAUGAUUCGGAGCAACAUGUACCAUCACAGCCUAUUGCAAUCUCCGAGUUGGUCAGUGCUGUUGAAAAAAGCAACAACAUUUCUCCAGAACCUCCCUACGCCCUAGAGGCACCAACUGUGUCUGAUGUCUUCCAAACCACGGCACUUGAUGCUACUGUUAGUGUAGCAGUUCCCAACUGUCCAGCUGAUCUCAAAAAACCUUCGACUCUGCUGAAAGGUGAAAUGCUGUUACUGGCUGUGAUCGUCUGCGCUGCCAUGCUGUGUACCACCGGCGCAACUUCGGGCAUCGCUGUUGACGACGCCUGUUCGACCAACGCGUUUUGCAACUAUGAAGGAGACUCCCCAAUGGAUCACACGAAAUGUGACAGCUCUGUGUGUGUAUGUACGAGCUUGUAUUAUGGAGAGGCUGGCGAUACGACCUGUGUUCAAGCUUCACUCGGCGGUAGUUGUGCUGGCAAAACGGACGCUGCUGCGUUUUGUGCAACAAGUGACCCUGAUGCAGAGUGUGCCAGCGACGUCUGUGCCUGCAGUGCCGGAUUCUACGAAACUGAAAGUUUACUUGAUGGAACCACGCAUUGCUCUAAAGUCGCAGUCGGAACUCCAUGCGACUCCUCGGCUGGUGGUGAUGCUUUCUGUCGAACGGGCCUUCCUGCAGAUUCUGAAUGCAUCGUCAUAACGCAGACAUGUGAAUGUCCCAGUGGAAAGACCUAUGUACCGUCCCUCGAUCUCUGCCAUACUGAAAGUUUCCAUGCCACAUGCGCAACGUGCAGACAAACUGGCGGACAUUGUUAUGACAUUGAGGAUGACGAUUCCCCCACUGGAUGUGUCUGUCCUCCAUCUAAGGAUAGCAGUGGCGUGGCCCUAACUGUAGGAUGUGACCUUGGCAUCGCUCUGAUUGGCGACUAUUGCGAUCCAACUGGAACACCUGCAGUGGAUUGUGAAUUAGAAGACUCCAGUUGUCUUCACGCAGGCGCGCUAAAUGGUCGCUUCACCUGUCAAUGUGACCCUGGGUAUCACGCCAUAAGUUUAUUUGGAGACGAACGGAAAUGCUAUCGCUCAAUUGCCAAAGAAACUGAUCGUAACUGCAUGUGGUGCCAGUCACGCGGUGGCAUAUGUUAUGAUAUUGACGAUGAUGGCGUUCGUGAUGGGUGUAUGUGCCCAGCCACUAGGAGUACCUCAGAUCCCAAUGAUCCCAGCACUGAUUGUGACGUAAACCAUGUGACCGUUUCCUGUACUGCAAGUAGAAUGGACAUAUGCUACACUCCCCACGACACUACUCGCCUCCCUGGCAUGGCAACCAAACUAACCAAUGGGGAUGCGUACGUUUACAUCGAACGCCACCUUGGAGAAGAUCCUUGUCGAUUUGAAUACGAUGGAAGUAGUGACUGGUGUGUGAGCCUCGACCUUGCUUCCGACCAGACUGAUGCUUGUGAUACCCGUGUUACCUUUCCAACGAAUCGCCACAUCAGUUACAACAACUGGAUGGUCCUCCAAACUACUGCCAUCGGAAGGAGUAUGUCGGAUGAGAGCGUCCAUCUUUACUGUCAAUACGACAUUAUCUCGCAUGUGUUCACCGAAACCGGAACGGAAGUUGUCGGGUUUGCCUCUAUGGCGUCCGAGGGAGAUGAAGUGCACCCUGUCUUAACAAUGGAUGUUCAUGAUGAAUUCGGCCGGGACGCAACCGUGCAGGGCAUCAGACAAGGCCAGCCAACAAUGCUCAUCAUAGAGAUGACUGAAGACAAGAGCGUGUACCACUCCAUCAGGCCAGAAGUUUGCAUUGCCUCAAACCGACCAGAAUUGUCCAACCCGGCUACAUCGUCCAUUCUGCUGCUUUAUGAAGGUUGCCCAGUCGUGGACUCCUACCUUAACGCGAAGAACACGUUCUAUCCCGAUCCAGCUGAUGCAGAGGUAUCUAGAACUGGUUACUUCCCAAUGCUUCAAUUCGAGGAUACGCAAUUUGUGUUCUUUCACUGUGCCGUCGAGGUUUGCAGGAAUGACGAAGAUUGUGACCCGGUUGACUGUUCCGGUGGUGUUGAGAGAAGGAAAAGAGCCAUUGCAUCAUUGGAAGGCGACACUAUCCUGCAGCGUGAAGUCCGGGAACUGCAAUCUGGGUCGACUAGAUUGGAAGCUCUUUACACUGGACCUGUACAGAUUAUUGCAGAUUCGAACUCCAGAGGAAGUCUUUCCGUGAGAACUGAUAAAUCUGACUCUGCCCUUCCUCGCAAAUAUCUUCUUCUGAUCAGCAUUGGCGGAGGAGCCAUGAUUCUCGUGAUAGCUGUUGCCGCUGCAAUUUUAGUCACGAUGCGAUCACGCAGGCGGAGAGCCCCAAGGAAUGCAGUAUCAGUCCAGUGCCAGGAAACCAUGUAAAGUUCGUUCUUGCUCUUGACAUUUCUAGUUCAAAGUCGACGCCUACCGCAUUGCAAUAUGACUGCGUAGAAUGCCCCAUCCUUUGAAAAAAAUCGUGUCGUCAAUUUUUUUUGGUCUGGGCUUAUGCAAGGCAAGAAAAUUCAGAUAUCUCUAAUCUAAGAUCGAGGACGAUGUUUACUUAAAGAUUUAUAAUUUUGUUAAAAGGUUGUUUGCUCGGAUUCACCAUGUUAUAAAACUACCCAUCUAACAUGUUUUUAAUGACGUUGACAGUUAAGUUUACACUUGUGUACCGUUGAUAUGUGUAAUUACAUGUUAAAAGUUGUGUUUAGUUUAGUUCUGUUAAUGGUUCUGUGACUUGUCAAUUGGGCCAAAAAAACAAUUGAUCCCGCCACAGUUCAGAUUCGCAUUUAGUUCUGUUAAUUUGUAAUGUGUUGUAUGUGUGUUAUACCGAUUUCAUGUAUUUUUAACGGUUUUUGAACACUUCUGAUUAUUCCGGUGUUUUACGACACUUAAUCUUUGCUGGUUAAAUAAAAGCUACGAAACCGA